CCGCGGGGGCGGGACUUGUUGUCACGGGUAGCGGAAGUGUGGCGGCGUCGGGUUGAGCGGGAUUUUCGGAAGUUUGCGGAGGAGUUCUGUGAUAUGAGCAAUAAUGGACCAGAAGAUUUUAUCUCUAGCAGCAGAAAAAACAGCAGACAAGCUGCAGGAAUUUCUUCAGACCCUGAAAGAAGAUGACUUGACUAAUCUCCUUCAGAAUCAAGCAGUGAAAGGAAAAGUUGCUGGAUCACUCCUGAGAGCCAUCUUCAAAGGUUCACCCUGCUCUGAGGAAGCUGGAACACUUAGGAGACAUAAGAUAUACACUUACUGUAUCCAGUUGGUGGAAUCAGGAGACUUGCAGAAAGAAACAGCAUCUGAGAUCAUAGGAUUACUGAUGCUGGAGGCUCACCAUUUUCCAGCACCGUUAUUGGUUGAAUUAGCCAAUGAGUUUAUUAGUGCUGUCAGAGACAGCAGCCUAGUGAAUGGAAAAUCUUUGGAGUUACUGCCUAUCAUUCUCACUGCCCUCGCAACCAAAAAGGAAAAACUGGCUUAUGGAAAAGGUGUACUGAGUGGGGAAGAAUAUAAGAAGCAGUUGAUUAACACCUUGUGUUCUGGCAGGUGGGAUCAGCAGCACGUAAUCCACCUCACCUCCAUGUUCAAGGAUGUCCCUCUGAGUGCAGAAGAGGUGGAAUUUGUGGUGGAAAAAGCAUUGAGCAUGUUUUCCAAGAUGAAUCUUCAAGAAAUACCACCUUUGGUCUAUCAGCUUCUGGUUCUCUCCUCAAAGGGAAGCAGAAAAAGUGUUUUGGAAGGAAUCAUAGCCUUCUUCAAUGCAGUAGAUAAGCAGCACAAUGAGGAUCAGAGUGGUGAUGAGCUCUUGGAUGUUGUUACUGUGCCAUCAGGUGAACUUCGUCAUGUGGAAGGCACCGUUAUUCUACACAUUGUGUUUGCCAUCAAAUUGGACUAUGAACUAGGCAGAGAACUCUUGAAACACUUAAAGGCAGGACAGCAAGGAGAUUCCAAUAACUUAAGUCCCUUCAGCAUUGCUCUUCUUCUCUCUGUAACAAGAAUACAAAGAUUUCAGGAACAGGUGCUUGAUUUUUUAAAGACUUCGGUUGUUAAGAGCUUUAAGGAUCUUCAGCUCCUCCAAGGCUCAAAAUUUCUUCAAAAUCUAGUUCUUCAUAGAGCUUACGUUUCAACCAUGAUCUUGGAGGUGGUGAAGAAUAGUGUUCAUAGUUGGGACCAUGUUACUCAGGGCCUGGUAGAACUUGGUUUCCUUUUAAUGGAUUCAUAUGGGCCAAAGAAGGUUCUUGACGGAAAAGCUAUUGAAACCAGCCCAAAUCUUUCUAGAAUGCCAAACCAGCAUGCGUGUAAGCUUGGAGCUAAUAUACUGUUGGAAACUUUUAAGAUCCAUGAGAUGGUCAGACAAGAAAUUCUGGAGCAGGUCCUCAACAGGGUUGUAACCAGAGCGUCUUCUCCAAUCAGUCAUUUCUUAGACCUGCUUUCAAAUAUCGUCAUGUAUGCACCCUUAGUUCUUCAGAGUUGUUCUUCUAAAGUCACAGAAGCUUUUGACUAUUUGUCCUUUCUGCCCCUUCAGACUGUACAAAGUCUGCUUAAAGCAGUGCAGCCCCUUCUCAAAGUCAGCAUGUCAAUGAGAGAUUCCUUGAUACUUGUCCUUCGGAAAGCUAUGUUUGCCAACCAGCUUGAUGCCCGAAAAUCUGCAGUUGCUGGGUUUUUGCUGCUCCUGAAGAACUUUAAAGUUUUAGGCAGCCUAUCAUCCUCCCAGUGCAGUCAGUCUCUUAGUGUCAGUCAGGUUCAUGUGGAUGUUCAUGGCCAUUACAAUUCUGUCGCCAAUGAAACUUUUUGCCUCGAGAUCAUGGAUAGUUUGAGGAGAUGCUUAAGCCAGCAAGCUGAUGUUCGACUCAUGCUUUAUGAGGGGUUUUAUGAUGUUCUUCGAAGGAACUCUCAGCUGGCUAAUUCAAUAAUGCAAACUCUGCUCUCACAGUUAAAACAGUUCUAUGAGCCAAAACCUGAUCUGUUGCCUCCUCUGAAAUUAGAAGCUUGUAUUCUGGCCCAAGGAGAUAAGAUCUCGCUACAGGAACCACUGGAUUAUCUACUGUGUUGUAUUCAGCAUUGUUUGGCCUGGUAUAAGAAUACAGUGAUACCCUUACAGCAGAGAAAGGAGGAGGAGGAGGAGGAGGAGGAGGAGGAAGAGGCGUUCUACCAAGACCUAGAUGAUAUAUUGGAGUCCAUUACUAAUAGAAUGAUUAAGAGUGAGCUAGAAGACUUUGAACUGGAUAAAUCAGCAGAUUUUUCUCAGAGCACCAGUAUUGGCAUAAAAAAUAAUAUCUGUGCCUUUCUUGUGAUGGGAGUUUGUGAGGUUUUAAUUGAAUACAAUUUCUCCAUAGGUAAUUUUAGUAAGAAUAAGUUUGAGGACGUUCUGAGCUUAUUUAUGUGUUACAAAAAACUCUCUGACAUCCUUAAUGAAAAAGCUGGUAAAGGCAAAACAAAAAUGACCAACAAGACAAAUGAUAGUUUUUUGUCCAUGAAAUGUGUGUCCAGUCUUCUCACUGCUCUGUUCAGGGAUAGUACCCAAAGCCACCAAGAAAGCCUUUCUGUUCUCAGGUCCAACAAUGAGUUUAUGCGCUAUGCAGUGAAUGUAGCUCUGCAGAAAGUGCAGCGGUUAAAGGAAACAGGGCAUAUGAGUGGCCCUGAUGGCCAAAACCCAGACAAGAUUUUUCAGAACCUCUGUGACAUAACUCGGGUCUUGCUUUGGAGAUACACUUCAAUACCCACUUCAGUGGAAGAGUCGGGAAAGAAAGAGAAAGGAAAGAGCAUCUCACUGCUGUGCUUGGAGGGUUUACAGAAAAUAUUCAGUGCUGUGCAGCAGUUCUAUCAGCCCAAGAUUCAGCAGUUUCUCAGAGCUCUGGAUGUCACAGAUAAGGAAGGAGGAGAGAGAGAAGAUGCAGACAUCAGUGUCACUCAGAGGACAGCAUUCCAGAUCCGGCAGUUUCAGAGGUCCUUGUUGAAUUUGCUCAGCGGCCAGGAGGAAGAUUUUAAUAGCAGAGAAGCCGUCUUGCUAGUCACUGUUCUCACCAGCUUGUCCAAGCUCCUGGAGCCCUCCUCGCCUCAGUUUUUGCAGAUGUUAUCCUGGACGUCGAAGAUUUGCAAGGAAAACAGCCGGGAGGACGCCUUGUUUUGCAAGAGCUUGAUGAACUUGCUUUUCAGCCUGCAUGUUUUGUAUAAAAGCCCUGUCACUCUGCUGCGUGACUUGUCCCAGGAUAUCCAUGGGCACCUGGGAGAUAUAGACGAGGACAUAGAGGUGGAGAAAACAAACCACUUUGCCAUAGUGAAUUUGAGAAUGGCUGCCCCCACCGUCUGUUUACUCGUUCUGAGUCAGGCAGAGAAGGUCCUAGAAGAAGUGGACUGGCUAAUCACCAAGCUUAAGGGACAAGUGAGCCAAGAAACCUUAUCAGAAGAGGCCUCUUCUCAGGCAGUCCUAUCAAAUCAUCCUGUGGAGAAGGCCAUCAUCAUGCAGCUGGGAACUCUGCUUACAUUUUUCCAUGAGCUGGUGCAGACAGCUCUGCCAUCAGGCAGCUGUGUGGACACCUUGUUAAAGGACUUGUGCAAAAUGUACACCACACUUACUGCACUUGUCAGAUAUUAUCUCCAGGUGUGUCGGAGCUCUGGAGGAAUUCCAAAAAAUAUGGAAAAGCUGGUGAAGCUGUCUGGCUCUCAUCUGACCCCCCUGUGUUAUUCUUUCAUUUCUUAUGUACAGAACAAGAAGAGUAAAAACCUGAACUAUACGGGAGAGAAAAAGGAGAAAACUGCUGCCGUAGCCACAGCCAUGGCCAGAGUUCUUCGGGAAACCAAGCCAAUCCCUAAUCUCAUCUUCGCCAUUGAACAGUAUGAAAAAUUUCUCAUCCACCUUUCUAAGAAGUCCAAGGUGAACCUGAUGCAGCACAUGAAGCUCAGCACCUCACGAGACUUCAAGAUCAAAGGAAACAUCCUAGACAUGGUUCUUCGAGAGGAAGGUGAAGACGAAAACGAAGAGGGCGCUGCAUCAGAGCAUAGGGAACAGAACAAAGAACCAGCCAAGAAGAGAAGGAAAAAAUAAUUGAAAUGCCUGAGUUAAUGUGAACUUUGGGGCUUUUGCUUCAUUCUUCCCCAACAAGCAACAAUGCCCCUCGUCCUAUAGCCCAUACCGAUGUUGGCAUCUUGGUUCUGAACCCACUGAAUUCAACUGCACCUUCCAUUAGAAGGAAUCUUCUUGGCAGGUCCUGCUACUGAAAAAUGGCUGGCCUUAGGCAAGCCCUUCUGCGAAAAGCACAGCUGAAAGCCUGAGUUUGCUAGCCUGAGCUGCCUGAUGAAGCUCCAUGGGAGCAAAUACAGCCUUCAGGCAGAGCUAUGGUCCAGGCUGGCUUCGUUUCUCCAAGGAGCCUUUGGUGAGUUCAAUUAUCUGGUAAAUAUCCAGCGCUUCACCUGAAAGAUAGUGCAAAUUGGUUAGGAUGCCACCUCUAGAACUGUAACAGAGAUCAGAAGUGAGCAGCGGAGUUUAAUGUUAAGGUCAGAAAGGAGAGAAAGGUUGAGAGCAGUGCAACAAAUGGUAAUGUUACAUGUUAAGACGGUCUGUUUUCCUUGUAUAUAAAGUAAGUCUGUCUGAGAUACAUUUUAAAUAUAAAAAAAACUUUCUGAUUUA